AAAAAAUAGGUUUAAUUUGAGUAUUGUAGUUGUGAACACAUCAUGGAAUAACAAAGAUUCUCUACCAAUUAAGAAAAACAAUCAAACCUUGACUAUGACUUACCGUCUUUAGCCAAAUACAUGACUGUCCCCUCCUCUUCUCCCCUUUAUAAACCCCCCAUAAAUCUCACUAUUCAUUCAUUCACUCACUUUUUACUCACUACUAAGUACUAACUCUCAAAAAGAGAAGAGAAAACAAACACAUAACAAUAGAAGAAUUCCAAAUGGCAUAUACGGCAACCUCAGACGCUCAAAAGACUGCGCUCCUUAACCAACACAAAGAGAAACACUUCACCGCUGGAGAAGUUGUCCGUGAUAUCAUCAUUGGUGUAUCCGAUGGCCUUACUGUCCCUUUUGCCCUCGCUGCCGGCUUGUCCGGUGCCAAUGCUUCCUCCUCUAUUAUCCUCACCGCCGGCAUCGCUGAAGUUGCUGCCGGCGCCAUCUCUAUGGGCCUUGGCGGGUAUCUAGCGGCGAAGAGUGAAGCGGAUCAUUACGCAAGAGAAUUGAAGAGAGAACAGGAAGAGAUUAUAGCAGUUCCUGAUACAGAGGCUGCUGAGGUUGCAGAAAUAUUGGCACAAUAUGGGAUAGAACCACAUGAGUAUACUCCUGUAGUGAAUGCUUUAAGGAGGAGGCCACAAGCUUGGCUUGACUUUAUGAUGAAAUUUGAGCUAGGAUUGGAGAAGCCAGACCCAAGAAGAGCCCUACAAAGUGCAUUUACAAUAGCUAUAGCCUACAUUAUUGGUGGCUUAGUUCCUCUUUUCCCUUACAUGUUCAUCUCUGUGGCAAGAGAAGCUGUGAUUGCAUCAGUAAUUGUAACCUUAAUAGCGCUGUUAAUCUUUGGUUACGCAAAAGGUUACUUCACCGGCAGCAAACCAAUUCAGAGUGCUCUUCAAACCGCGCUGAUCGGAGCUCUAGCUUCUGCUGCUGCGUUUGGCAUGGCUAAGGUUGUUCAGGGAUAGCACAUAAUAAGCAAAGUCUAGUCUUAGUCUAUGGUUUAUGUUCUAGUGUUUCAUGUUUGGUAAUGUGCUUUAGUUUUUUGGUUUUCUUUUUCUACCCCCAUCAGUUACUAUCUAGUUAAAUUCAGUGUUUUCAGAUGUUUAAAUCGAGUACUCCUACAUUUCAUCAUCCUUUCAAAAUUCAAUGGAGAUUAAUUGGAGGAGAAAAGGCUUUUGAUCCAUUUUAAGAAUUGCACAAACAAUCCUAUUCAAUAAUGAUUAAUAUAAUAUCAAUCUAUGAUAACAUCAUUUUAGUUUUGACUAUCA